CUCACCCCUUUUACUUCUGUUGCUCCACAUACCCAGUGAUUGAAUUUUGAUCAAUCUUUCUUCUUCUUCUUCUUCAGAAUGGGUCGUGGCAAGUUAAAAAUGGAGUUGAUCGCUAAUGAGAAACUUCGGUGCAGAACUUUCCGAAAUAGGCAAAAGGGCUUGAAGAAAAAGCUCCAUGAGUUGUCAACUCUAUGUGAUGUUGAAGCGUGUAUGAUCAUGUAUUGUGAUCAGAAUGGCAAUGGCACCUAUUCUUCUCAGCCUGAUGUUUGGCCUGAAAAUCACUAUGAAGUUCAACGUAUAGUGAACAAGUACAUGAAGGAAGACCAUGGAAAGAGGACGAUGGAUUUAUCUGACAUUCUUGAAAGCAGAAAGAGGAAGGCCGAACUUGAGCUGCAAAAGCUGCGGGAAAAAAAUGGCGAAACCAAAGGGCAGACUUCUGAGACUGGAUUGGAACUGGAUGGGCUUUCCUAUGAAAAUCUGAUGGAAAUAAAUGAUCAAUUGGACAGGAAACUUGAACAUGUGAUGAGUCUGAUUGAUUUGAAGAAGGGAGAAGCGGGCUUGAUGAGUAAGACUCCUGUGAACUCCUCUCAUAUCCCGGGUUUGCCUACAGCUGAGCAAGCCUUUCAAGGCAUUGAAAUGUUCUUAUAUGAUUUGGAUUUUCCCGAUACAAGUAGUGGAGUGGUUGAAUCUGAUUUGAACCCGAUGAUGAUGAUGAAUAUGGAGAAUAACGGAUAUCCAGAAUUUGGAAGUGGAAAGGCAUCCAGCAGUGAGCUCCUGCACCACAGUACUCAAUUUCAGGACCCAAUUCAUUAUGAUCCAGCUCAUGGGAUGUUCACGAAUAACCCUGAUCCUUCAACUUCAUAUCAGAAGAUGGGGACUGUUCCUCCCAUGCAAGACAUGUCGGUAUCCAAGAAUACGAUGAUGUUUAACACCCAUCCCACAAAUUCCAUGCCGCAGAUGGGGUUGCCUGAGAAUAUGAUGUUCGACACGGAUCAUAGCAUCUCUAUGCAGCAAAUAUCGGCAUAUAGGCAGUACCUCUUGGACGGUUAUUUGUUCUUUCAUUCUUGAU